AUGGCGCCAAUAAAGAAAUAUUCUCCGGAGCAGAUGGGUUGGGCGAUAGAUGCUGUUAGAAGAGGAUCAAAUAUAAAUGAUGCAGCCCAACGAUUUAACGUGCCUAGAGCAACUUUACACAAUAAAAUCACCGGUAAAAGUCCCAAAGAGUGUUCAAUGGGACCCAGUACAGUUUUAUCUAAAACAGAAGAGGAUAUAUUAGAAGUAUGGAUUAAAGAUAUGGCGGAUAAACAUAUACCAGUUACAAAAGACACCUUAUUGGAUAGUGUACAAAGUAUAAUCAUCGAAAAAAAACAAAACACACCUUUCACCAAAAAUAGACCUGGUAAAAAAUGGUAUUCCGCUUUUCUGAAACGUCACCCUGAGAUUGCUGAACGUACUGCUCAGAAUUUGUGCAAGGCUAGAGACAACGUCACUGAGGACGAAAUUGAGAAGUGGUUUUCCGAAGUGGAAAGUGAUCUGAAAAAAAGAGGUCUGUCACAAGUUCUGGAACAUCCUGAAAGAAUAUUUAAUACAGAUGAGAGUGCGUUUUUUCUAAAUCCUAAACCAGGACGUGUACUUGCUAAGACGGGACAAAAAUUUGUUUAUUCGUGUUCAGGUGACGAAAAAAAAAAUUUGACUGUUCUAAUUACCGGAAAUGCUGCGGGAAAUCUUGCACCUACUAUGGUCGUUUACGACUAUGCAAGAAUACCGCCAGCAAUAUCAGCCACUUACCCAAAAGAUUGGGGUAUUGGUCGCUCUGAAAGCGGUUGGAUGUGCUCAGGAACAUUCUAUGAAUAUGUAACGAAUGUUUUUAAUCCAUGGCUAAUCAAGGAAAACAUUGAAAAGCCAGUUCUAUUGUUUUUGGAUGGACAUUCCUCACAUUUGACUUUACACUUAGCCAACUUCUGCUCUCGGAAUGGAAUUGAAGUAGUAGCCCUUAAUCCGCAUUCCACUCAUAUUAUGCAGCCCAUGGACGUGGCUGUUUUUCGGCCUUUGAAAUUAUCAUGGAGAGAAGAGGUCCGAACCUGGAAAAUGCAAAAUUUAGGACAAGUGCUCGAAAAACACGAUUUUGCACCAGUUUUUAAGACGGGGUUAGAAAAAAUCACUGUUGCUACAAUUAAAAAUGGGUUUCGAGCUAGUGGACUGUACCCAUUUGGUCCUGAAUACGUGAAUAUGUCAAAAACAGAAGAAUUAAGAAACAAUAAGAAGCGCAAAAUUAAAGAAAAAAUUCCAUUCACUAUCACUAGUCCCGCAUGGUUAGCAUAUAGUACUAAAAAGGAAGAAGAAAAAAAGAAACUACUAAAAGAGAAAGAACUCCGUGUCAUACAACGAGAAGAAAAGAAAAAUGAAAAAGCAAACAACAAAAAAACGAACGUAAAAAAACAAAGAAACAACAUUAAAUCGACUGAAACUGAAAUCCUUCAUCUUCAAAGUGAUGAAAGCGUGACGUCUGAUGCGUUGGAAUUGGACGAUGGGCCUUUAAGUACACUGUUCCCUUCUCCAAUGAAAGUAACACAUGGUAGUUACGUAAUAGUGCUAUACGAAGGUCAACAUUUUCCUGGCAUUGUAAAUAAUGUUAACAACAAUGAAUAUGAAGUAAGCACUAUGACAUUUUCUUCUGGAAAAUCUUAUAAAUGGCCGGAGAAACCCGACAAAACGUGGUACCGUAAAGAACAAGUGGUGGAGGUAAUAAAGCCCCCCAUCUUAUUAAACAAACGAGGUUUUUAUUCCGUGAAAGAAAUGGAAAAGUACUCUGAUUACACUUAUUGA